AUGGCCAAAAAGCCGUUCUUCACCGCCGAGGACGCCAAGACGUCCUUCAACCUCUUCUGCUGCAUCUACGGCAUUGGAACGCUUGGUAUGCCUGGCAACUUCGCCCGCGCUGGACCAACCAUCGCUGUUGUAGCCAUGGCCUUCAUGGCCUUCGCCAACAUCUACUCGUCCGUCGCCAUGUCCAAGGUCAUUCUGCUCGCCCCCACGUCUGUCAAGACUUUCGGUGACCUCGGAGAAUGGGCAAUGGGUCAGUGGGGUCGUUGGCUCUGCAUCAUCUCCCAAAUGGGUUCGUGCCUUUUGAUCCCGUGCGUGUUCCUCGUGCUCGGGGGCUCACUGCUCGACGGUCUCUUCCCGGACGCCUUUGAGCAAUCUACUUGGACCAUUCUAAUGGCACUGACGGUACUUCCAGUGUGUCUCGUCCCGACGCUGAAAGAGGGAUCGGGUGCUGCGUUCGCAGGCUGCUUGGGCACUAUCAUCGCUGAUGUCAUCGGUGUCGGCGUCGUCAUGCACGGCAUGCGCGGCCACCCGAGUGUUCCGUUCCCGGAGCUCAAGUUCUCGCAAGUAGCAGGUGUCUUUGGCAACCUGUCUCUUGCCUACGGUGCCGGUAUCGUCAUCCCGGACCUGCAACGCCAGCACAGUGACCCAACCCGUAUGCCCCGCGUCGUGGGUGUCACGGUUGGGAUAAUUUCGUGCCUGUUCCUGGUUCUGGCGAGCACUGCGUACUCAGCGGUGGGGUGCCAGAUCUCUGGUAAUCUAUUAUUUACCAUCUACCCAGACCCCGAGACUGGAAUGACUAACUUGGGCUUCGCUCCUCGAUGGGGCAUCGUCGUGUUGGCCUACCUCUUCAUGCAGCUUCACAUUACCAUCGCUUUCUCCGUCAUUGCGAACCCGGCCUUCUACCUUGCUGAGCGUAUUUUCCUGGGUAUGCACAAGAAGAAGGAGAGCGAUCUCGAGAACCCCAUCAGCUACGUUGAAGUUGUAACACCGAAUAUCACUCAAGAAGAACCUCGACGCAGCUCCAAGAUGUCGUACGUGUCUGUUGCUGACGCCGAGAACGAGCACAAGGGCGAUGUCGAGGCGGAGAUGGCUGAGUACCGUGGCGGUCUCAACACGAUCAAGUACGUCGCGCUCCGCGUCAUCAUCAUCGUCAUCCUCGUGGUCUUGGCGAUCGUUUUCAAAGAUCACUUCUCUGACUUUGCCGACUUCGUGGGUGCGUCGUGUAUCACGACGAACUGCAUCCUGCUGCCGAUCGUUUUCUAUCUCAUCAAGGCCUGGAGACGCUUACCCAUGUACGAGAAGAUCCCGGCAAUCAUGGUGACUAUCGUGUGCUUUGUUCUCGGCUGCUACGUCACGUACACGACCGGCAAGGCCCUGUUCGCACCGACGGAGAACGACGCUGAGUUCCCAUUCUGCUCGGCUACCUAUGAGAACACCGUAUACUACAACUAUACCGCUGCGCACGAGGCGUAA